AAGGGUGACGUGGUUAAUCAUCGGAGAGGUUUCGUUUUCUUUUAAACCCUCAUCGGGCGGGUCUUUUUUUAUUUUAUAUUUUCUUCGCCACCGACUGGUUUUAUUUUAUUUUAAUUUUUUUUCCAAUCCACCUCCUAGUUUUUCCCGAAGGAAAGCCUCGCAGGAGAUGGAGGCCGACAAAGAGGACUCGGUCGUUCCACUCGGCCCGUCAAAUUUGUGUUUCGACAGCUCCAGCUUCGUCAAGGAUUCAUUUUCCGUUGACAAGUUUCUCAAAGAUCAUCGAAACAAGGCCAAUCUCGAAACAAUGAGGGAUGACUUGGGUGUUUACCUUAAAGUUUUAAGAUCAGCUCUGAUUGACCUCAUAAACAAGGACUAUGCGGAUUUUGUCAAUUUAUCCAGCAAUCUGAUCGGUUUGGACAAGGCUAUAAAAAAAAUACAAACACCUUUAGGACAACUCAGGGAAGAACUUCUGCAAGUCCGAUUUAGUCUUGACAGUGCCAUGAGUGAGAUAUCAAAUCAUUUGGUUUUACGACAUGAACUACGGGAAAAGAAACGUAGUUUGAGAAGCCUUAGCCGUGUUCAUGUGUCGUUAAAAAAACUCAAAACCAUUCUAUCUUCUUCUACUGAGGGAGAUUCUUCUGUCAAUUUACUAUUAUUGGAACGGGCCACGACCGAAUUUUGCCAGUUGGAAUUUCACGUCCAGAAAUGCCGUAAAGACCUUAGUCAAAAUGAUUUAGAAGAUUUUGAGUAUGUCGGAAAUCUUUUGAUUGGAUGUGUGGACAAAAUAUUCCUUGAGGCUCUCUCUUCAGGUGAAGCUGGGAGAGGAAUGCUUGGUCAGUCGCUCGACUUUUACCAUACUCUUGACAAACUUGAAAAUGCAGAAAGAUUGUACCAAAAUAAAAUAGUAUCACCAGUAAUGGAAAAAUUAAUAAACGAAAACAAUCUACGGUCGUUGCCCAGAGGUUUGGCUGCCUUGUACGAUAAAAUUAUCGAAUUUCUUGAAAAUAAUAUGAAAAUUUUAUUGGAUGUUUCCUCAGAAUUUAAUAAGAAUUUAAAAGAAAAUAGAUGCAAGUUUUUCUUGAGGAGUUUUUGGCCAGAAGUUGUAAAACGGUUAGAAUUAAAUCUCCCUUCAAUUUACGCUGCGGGGGACCCAGAUGUAUUUUAUCAGAGAUACAGCGAAACUUUGGCUUUCCUUUCUACACUUUAUGAAAAAUGCGAUGAAGAAACACUUUUUGAACUAAACUCUCAUACUAGUUUCAGUACUUUUAUGGAUAAAUGGAGUCUCCCCAUUUAUUUUCAACUCAGGUUUCAAGAGAUUGCAAAAGAUAUAGAAUCUAGUUUCGCUCAGAGUGACUGGAAGUCAAUAUCAAACGAAUGGAAGUUAGUUGCCACCGAGCAUGUUUGGCGCUGUUUACACAGAUGUUGGGCACCUGGUGUCUUCUUGCAACCGUUGGCACACAAAUUUUGGAAACUGUCGUUACAAAUCAUUUCUCGCUAUGUUACUUGGAUAAAUGAAGUUACUAAACCAAAUUCUGAGGCAUCAAAAACCGAUAUAGACUUCCUAGUAUAUUUCUAUACCGAUGUCGAAUUUUUAAUCAAGAAACUCCCAGAAUUUCAAACAAUAGUGUUAAAUCAACUAACAAAGUUGUCAGAAGACACGACAAAUCGUAUGAAAUUGAGUUUAGGUGAAGGUGAAGAACAGCUUAAGAAUGAAAUGAGCAACAUUAGCAGUUCAAUUAUUAGAAUAUUAAGCAGUGAGAGUAUAUCAGUUCUUCGUCAAGUCAAUGACAUACCAAGGUUGUACAGAAGAACGAACAGAGAUUCGCCGACAAAGCCGUGCGCCUAUGUGACCACACUUUUAGAAAACCCAACACAAUUUUAUGAAAAACACAAAUCAAACCGAAACACUAGAUCAUGGCUUCAAACGAUGUUUUCUACAGUGACAAAACAAUAUUACUCGUCGGUUGAUGACGUAUUGAAUUCGAUGCAGAAAACUGAAGAGAGCCUCCGGAGGUUGAAGAAGGCAAGGGAUCGAUCGAGUAAUGUCAUCCAACCGAACGAUCGUAGAACGAGUGACGAUAACAAAAUAAGGCUCCAGCUUCUUUUAGAUGUUCAAGCGUACCACCAAGGAAUUGAACGUUUUGGCCUUAACCAAAAUAAUGUAGAACAGUUGAAUGAUUUAAUUCUUCUCGUCGGAGCAAGCCAAAAAAACUAAAUGAACUUCAAAUCAUGCAUUCCUUACCGAGUUCAUUUUUUAAAUGCAUAUAUUUAUUUUCACUAAUGUUAUAUAA